GGAGUUUCCGCCGCCGUGUUUCCGGUGUGUGUGUGAGAGUGUGUGUGAGUGUUUAGCGCGGUGUGUUUAGUUUUAUACAGGGAGUUUAAAUCGAAUUCUGAUCCGGAUUCAGCUUUAAUUCAGAACUACUGACCCAGAGCAGCAAAAGCAGCAGCAUGGCGGAGGAGGUGCAGAAGCACUCGGUCCACACUCUGCUCUUUAGAUCUCUGAAGAGAACCCAUGACAUGUUCGUGUCUGAUCACGCUAAACCAGUGUCCCUGGACGAGGAGAGUCACAAGAUAAAGAUGGCUGCUAAGCUAAGAGCUGAGUAUGGACCAGUGUUACACAUGCCCGUGCUGAAAGAAGUCCGGGGAAAACCUCUUAACUCCUCUGAUCCAUUGGACAACCUGGGAUACCCAGCAAUCGAGAAUAUUUCUUCAGAGUAUCUCAUCACAGGAACCCAUCCAUACCCGUCUGCACCAGGUGUGGCUCUGACUGCAGACACUGGGCUCCAGAAGAUCCCGAGUGAAGCAGGAGUUCAGUCCAUGGCCCUCGCUCUGCCUCCAUCACAAACAAGGCAGGACGUGGCUCGUACUGCAGCCAGUGUUGCAGAUAUCCACAGACACGCUGGAUCAGCCGAGAGAUCCCAGCCUCCACAGCACUCAAUGGCUCUAAUGGAAUCAGGAGGAAUGAAGAAUACAGCACUUAUUCCCAGAAAAGCUCCCACCAUGCCCAAACCCCAGUGGCACCCACCGUGGAAACUCUACCGGGUGAUCAGUGGUCAUCUGGGUUGGGUGAGGUCUAUAGCGGUGGAGCCGGGAAAUCAGUGGUUUGUGACGGGAUCUGCAGACAGAACUAUAAAGAUUUGGGAUUUGGCCAGCGGUAAGCUAAAGCUGUCUCUGACUGGUCACAUCAGCACGGUGAGGGGCGUGGCCGUCAGCUCCCGCAGUCCAUACCUGUUCUCCUGUGGGGAGGAUAAACAGGUUAAAUGCUGGGAUCUGGAGUACAACAAGGUAAUUCGUCACUAUCACGGUCACCUGAGUGCUGUGUAUGACCUGGACCUCCACCCCACUAUUGAUGUGUUGGUGACGUGCAGUCGAGACGCUACAGCCAGAGUUUGGGACAUCAGAACCAAAGCGAACGUCCACACUCUGACUGGUCACACAAACACGGUCGCCACGGUGAAGUGCCAGAGUGCUGAACCUCAGAUCAUCACAGGUAGCCACGACACCACCAUCAGACUCUGGGAUCUGAUCGCUGGAAAGACCAGAGCCACCCUGACCAAUCACAAGAAGUCUGUCCGAGCGGUGGUUCUGCAUCCGCGACAGUACACGUUUGCCUCCGGCUCCCCGGACAACAUCAAACAGUGGAAGUUUCCGGAUGGAAACUUCAUUCAGAAUCUGUCCGGACACAAUGCCAUCAUUAACACCCUCGCCGUCAACUCUGAUGGAGUGCUGGUUUCUGGAGCUGACAACGGUACGAUCCACAUGUGGGACUGGAGGACGGGGUAUAACUUCCAGAGGAUCCACGCUGCGGUUCAGCCCGGCUCUCUGGACAGCGAGUCUGGAAUCUUCUCCUGUGUGUUCGACCACUCUGAGAGCCGACUCAUCACCGCAGAGGCUGAUAAAACCAUUAAAGUCUACAGAGAGGAUGAUACUGCGACGGAGGAGAGUCACCCAGUGAACUGGAAGCCGGAGAUCAUUAAGAGGAAGCGUUUUUAAUCUGUGUUUUAUCUUAUUUCUUUUCACUGUUUUGAUGCCGUGCUGCAGUGUGACCUUAUACUGAGCUCAUCUUCAGUCAGUCAGCUGUCAAUCACUGUGUUACCGGUCAGUGUCCGCUCCGCUCCUGUAGUCUCAGGCUGAUUAAAGUUCGGAUUAAAAUGCUUUAACUGUGGAAUUCAGUCAUUCUGUUAGUUGUAAAUACAGUUUACAGUUAAUAUCAGGCUUCAUCAUUCUGAUUUUAUUUUACUUUUUCUUUUUUUGACUUUUUUGGAAAGAAUUGACUCUGCUAAAAUGACCUUUAUCAUGAAUGCAGCAUUUUGUAAAAAAAUAAAAUACAUAAAACAA